AAAUGUUGAAAGAUAUGGAAGAAUUUUUAAUUGAAGAUUUUGCAAGAACACAGUGAGCACUCAGUGAUUGAAUUUAAUAGGAAUAUAUGUUAUAAAUGACCGUUACAUUAAUAAAGAAACACGACAGCUGUAAACAAACUGUGUUGGUAUGAAAAGGAUUUCAACAGUAAAAAUAGAUAAUAACGAUAUGGAGGGGUCUAAUAAUGGAGGAAAAAGUCUUAGGAGAAAAACGUCAUCCAUAUGGCAGAGAGCUAAAAAUAAAAUCAGAAUAACGCCAAAAGAUGCAACACCUGUGAAUUGGAAAAUCAUUGGUCUUGUAUUCAUCUCAAUGUUCACUGGAACACUCAGUCUUACAUUUCUGUUUCCUUUCCUGCCAGAAAUGAUUUUGUUCUUUGGUUACCAAGAGACAGACAAGGGUUACUAUGCAGGAAUGGUGGCCUCCAUGGUGUUUGCUGGCAGAGCAGCAGGAAGCUUUUUCUGGGGUUGGUUGUCUGAUAAAAUGGGGCGGAGACCAGUCAUGCUUAUGACGAUAUUUGGAAAUGGCUUUUUCUGCUUGCUGUUUGGAUUUACCUCUAAUUUACCCAUGGCUCUUACCAUAAGGUUUCUAGCUGGUUUAGCUAAUGGCACCGCAAGCAUUUCCAAGGCGAUUCUAUACGAGGUUUCAGAUGAUUCUAAUCAAGCUACCGGAUUGUCCAUCGUGGCCAUGUCUUGGGGAGCAGGGAUCAUACUGGGGCCAACUGUUGGGGGAAUUUUGUCCAACCCAGCUUCUAGAUAUCCCUCUAUGUUUCAAAAGGAUGGUGUGUUUGACCAUUUUCCGUACCUUCUCCCGAGUCUUAUUGUGGCAUGUGUCUGUUUUGUGGUUAUCCUUGUCGACUUCUUAGUUUUACCGGAGACUAGGAGCAGAAAACAACUAGAAUUAGACGUAGAGGAACAACCUGAAGAGUUACACAAAUUGGUUCACAAGACACAACAGAAGCAGACAAAAGAGACAGAUAGAAUGAUCUCUUUAUCAAUGGAGGAUCUCCACUGUUAUACAGACAGAGCAGUAUAUAACGUCAAACUAUAUCAGUCCUGUCAAGAUCUGCGCAGGUCACGUGACUUAAAUAGGAACAAGGCGUUGAAAACGCCGACAGAAAACACUACAGAGGAGACAGUAAGAGUUGAAAAGAAAAACUCCAAGUGCAUCUUCAAUGAAGUCAAGAGUACAAGUCUUUUUGAAAUAUUAAGUACGCCAGAUUGUAGAAAGGCUAUUUUUCUGUACACAGUCUUUUCUUUCUCGUCCAUUGGUUAUGAGGAAAUAUUUACGAUAUGGACAUCAACCAAAACAAAUUAUGAUGGUUUAGGGUUUGAGACAGAUGAAAUUGGUAUGGUUCUUGGCCUAUCAUCUUUCCCCAUGUUGAUCCUCAACCUUUUCAUCUAUCCAUUUCUUGAUAGGAUAUUUGGAACGAAAAAGACAUUUAUAAUCUGUGGCUGUAUUAAUGGAAUCUUGAUGACUGUUACACCCAUGUUACAUCUUAUUGAAUCAAGUUCCCCGUCCAUACUGUGGACUAUCCUCCUUGUUCUGAUUGUUCCACAGAAGAUAAUGACUAGUUGUUUAUUCACUGCAUCGUCACUCUUCAUUAACAACUCAUCACCACCUCACAUGGCGGGCUCCGUCAAUGGAAUCGCCACCACUUCCACGGCUAUUGCCAGAACCUUGGCACCCACAAUAGGAGGCAGUAUAUUUGCAUGGUCUAUAGGGAACAAUCUAGAAGCCCCGUUUGAUGUCAACCUUUCUUUCUUUAUCUUUGGAUUCAUUUUAAGGUUGAUCAGUAUAUAUAGUUUAUUUAUGCCAGAAUCUCUCAACAGAAAAAAGACUUAAAACUUACAAAAAUAUAUAUUUUUACAACAAAUCUGUGUUUUUAUGGGAAACCGAAUUCCACGAGUUUAGCAAAGUAAUGGAAAUUGUAAUUCAUUGUUACCGUGCACAUGGAUUGCAAUAUUUUAUGACAUUUUUUAUGAGAAAUGGAAUUCCACGAACUAAGCAAGGUCGCGAAAAUUGUGAUUCUUUGUUACUGUGAACACGGACUUAACUAAGUGUUUGCAGUCUUAUAUGUCUGGACUUAAGGACUUACAUGCCACCUAUUGAUCAUUUACUUCAAAAUCAGAAUUAGUUUUUUAAUAGCAAUGCACAGAAAAAAUAUAAUGUUCACUUAUGCAAGAAUAUCUUCAUGAUUUAAUGGAGUAUUUGCUUUAUAGUCCAUAGAAGCAUUUACCAUUAGCAAUACGAGAAUUCCAAGCUGACCUGCAAAUGAUGGUUAACUCAAUGAUGAGAGAUGGUGGCAGUUGCCAAUUUUGAGCUAACUGUUUUGGGGGCAUCUCUCAACUGUUUUGAAUAAACUUCUUA